AACAGUCUAAAAGCUCCGACUGCUGGAAUUUGAUGGUGCUGAAGAUGUUCCCAGUAAUUUCCUGCCAUCGUCUAUGGCGGGGUGGGCUUCAGAGGAGAAUCUGCCUGAGCCAUCCAGUGCUGAGCAGGCAGCACACUGAGCAGACACACGUCAGAGUCGGAGACCGCGCUGAACUCAGCAGGGCCUUCACACAGAGGGAUGUGGCUGUGUUCUCAGAAUUAACGGGGGAUGUCAAUCCUUUGCAUUUAAAUGAAGAUUUUGCAAAACACACCAAGUUUGGAAAGACAAUUGUACAUGGAGUUUUGGUCAAUGGACUUAUUUCGGCUCUCCUGGGAACUAAAAUGCCAGGGCCCGGCUGUGUAUUACUUUCACAGGAAAUUAGCUUUCCAGCCCCUUUAUAUGUUGGGGAAGUUGUUUUAGCUUCUGCAGAGGUGAAAAGGCUGAAGCGGUUCAUUGCUUUUAUUGCAGUGUCAUGUUUUGUAACAGAAAGUAAAAAGACUGUUAUGGAAGGCUGGGUCAAAGUUAUGGUCCCAGAGACUCCCCAGUCCUGAAAUGUGUUUAAAGAUGCACAUUCAAGUGCCAGGUGUUCUUGAAGAGCCUCAGAGGAAAACGGAUUGCUGCUUUUCACCGAGGGAUGGCUUCUAGACCUAAAAGCCCAUGUUGGGGGUGGGGAACAGGCAGAGGCGUGUUCAAACUGGUCCACUGUCCAGUUUGGCUUUAUGCUUCACACAGACUUGAGUAUAUUCAUCAUCUGUCUAGGUUUUUAAAAUAGAAAAAAAUACCCGGAAGGUUAUUUAGCUAAAAGUUCUACUCUUAGGAUUUCACAUCUAGUUAAGAUUUGCAUUUGGGGGGCGCCUGGGUAGCGCAGUCAUUAAGGGACUGUCUUCUGCUCAGGGCGUGAUCCCGGCGUCCGGGAUCGAGUCCCACAUUGGGCUCCUCCGCUGGGAGCCUGCUGCUUCCUCUCCCACUCCCCUGCUGUGUUCCCUCUC